AUGGCGGGCCCGGGCGGUGCCGGUGCCGGUGCCGCCGGUGCCGCGGACGCCGGGGGUGUGCUGAGCGGCGGGAGCGAGCGGCGGUGCCGGGCGCGGCUGGCGGCGGGGGGCGCGGGGGGCGCGGCGGCCGCGGCCGCGGUGCUGGUGCCGCUGUGCUCGGUGCGCGGCCGCCCCGCGCUGCUCUUCACGCUCCGCUCCCGCCGCCUCGGCGGCCCCCACAGCGGCGACGUCAGCUUCCCCGGCGGGCGGCGGGACCCGGCGGACGCGGACGCGGUGGCCACGGCGCUGCGGGAGACGCGGGAGGAGCUGGGGGUGGCGGUGGCAGCAGCCAGCGUGUGGGGACAGCUGCGGACCCUGCCCGACCGGCAAGGAAUGACCAUAGCGCCCGUCGUGGCCAACCUGGGGCCGCUGGAGGCCUUGACACUGACCCCCAACCCCGACGAGGUGGAGGAGGUGUUCACCCUGCCCCUGGCUCACCUGCUGCGGGAGGAGAACCAGGGCUACACCCACUUCCGCACGGCCACCGGCUACGGGUACACCCUGCCCGUGUUCCUGAACGGCCCCCACAGGGUGUGGGGGCUCACGGCCAUCAUCACCGAGCUCACCCUGGAGCUGCUGCUGCCCGGCCGCUACCGCAGGAAGACCCACGUGCCAGCCCGGAAACCCGUGGCCUGAGGGAGGAGGGGACAGGGGGUGGCUCUGGGGCACCGAAGCCACUGGUGAUGUUGCACACUGUGAUUCAGUAAAAGCCAUGUUUGGAACUGC